UUUUCUUUUUCCUUUUUGUUGCCCUCUGGUUCAUUGCGCUUAUACGUUCUAUCACACACUCAAAGACAAAUAAACUGACAAUAUUGGUUCAAAUAGAAUGAAAAUCGAAGGAGGCGUAAGCCUAAAGAAAAUACUAAGAAAUCUCAGACAUGGGUUUAGGACUUUGUCUUGUAUGAACUGGGUUUCAGGUUCUGGGUUUCACGCGGCUGGUCUUUUGGGUGCUGUUGGUUUGAUUUUGGCUAUAAGAGACGGUAAAGUGGGCGAUUUGAGUAGCUUGCGUUGGUUUUCGGAGAGAGCGAGUCGUUCGGAGAAGCUGUGGUUGGUACCCGGGUUGCAAAAUCUUGGUAAUAAUUGUUUUCUCAAUGUAAUUUUGCAGGCGCUGGCUAGCUGUUCCUACUUUCAACAUUUUCUUCAAAAGGUUAUAGAGGAAUGUCAACUAUCGGUGGAUGGGGAACAGGUUGCAAGUUUGCCGCUUGCAGCUGCUUUGGCUACUUUAUUAGAAGAAUUGUGUGAAGUUGGUGGAGGAAGAGUUGUUUUGAGUCCAAGAAAUGUGAUGCUAGCUAUGGCUCAUUAUAUUCCAAGUUUUAAUCUGACAGCCCAGCAGGAUGCAGCAGAAGCAUUCCUUCAUCUUUUGUCCUCUUUAAGAGAGGAGUUUUCAGAUUGUUAUUUUCCAAAUCAAUGUUCUUUAGUUGAUGUUUGUGCUUCCAGUUGUAGGAUUCUCAAUCCAAAGAGGAGGGAGGAUCUAACUGAGCAGGAAAGAUGGCAGCAGCAGUUCCUCGGACCAUUUGAUGGAAUUCUUGGUAGCAUAUUGACUUGUCAAAGCUGUUCAUCUCAGAUCUCACUGAGUUUUGAAUCUUUUCGUAGCUUGCCUCUGUCACCUGUGCUCAAUAACGGGGCCACCAUUAUGGUUGGGUGUACUUUGGAGGAUUGCCUAAACGAGUUCAUCAUUGCUGAACAUGUUGAGAAUUACCACUGCAGCCACUGUUGGCAUAUUGCUGGAAUAAAGUAUUUGUCCUCUUUUGGGGGGAAUGAGACGGAGAUUGAAAAACUUAGGAGAUGUAGUGAGCAAGAAGACUGUGACUGCCAAAGACUUCUUCAUCUAGACACGCUACCAUGGUCAAAUAACUUUUCAUAUACACUAAAGCAACUAAGCAUUGCUCGAUGUCCAAAGAUUCUAUGCAUUCAUCUAAAACGUGUGUCGAUAAAUAUGUUUGGAGAACCAGUCAAACUUCAGGGCCAUAUUUCUUUUCCAUUGAUCUUGGACCUGUUCCCAUUCAUGACAAGUGGGGUGGGACUACAGAGUUUGGGGGAAAAUUUGCGAAGAAAGCAAGUGAUGCGACAAUACGAAAAACCAAAACCUCUUGCCAAUCAUUUGAGUAUGCAAUUUGAUACUACGAAGCUAAAUUACAUUUAUGGAGUAACGAGAGAAAAUGUACACUCAAAAGAACUCGAUCCAGAUGAAUCUCAAUGUAGUGGAAAUGUACAAGCUGUUCAAGGAGAAAUAAAUUUGGCCCAAACUGAAGGAUGCCCAAAAUCCAUGCCUACAAUCACGCAUAUGCAAUCUGAUUACAAGGUAACUGUGCCUCCAGAAACUCAAUUGUAUCGACUUGUUUCUGUUGUGGAGCACUUUGGAAGAGCUGCUAGUGGCCAUUAUACUGUUUACAGAAUUGUGAGAGCCGAUUCAAAUAAGGAAGUCCCUGAUGAUCAAUUUGAGCCAGCCUCCGAGCAUUGGUUUUGUAUUUCAGAUUUUGAAGUGCAUAGUGUCUCAGAAAAAGAUGUUCUUGAUGCAGAAGCUAGCUUGCUCUUCUAUGAGAAAAUUGUCUAAGGCUGAAAAAUGCACAUAGUAUAUCAAUUUGUUGUGAAACUUUCAUUUUUAUACCAGGAAGGCCAAACACUCCAUGGAAGGCCCUUCAAGUUACCAAAGACGUACCAAGAGGCAUUUGUAACUUGGAGAGACCCUGAAAAGUUGAAGGUGAAUAGAAGAUUGCUAACAGGAAGAACGAUAGAAAGCCUUUUUUUUAUAUUGUUGCUUCUGCUACAUACUUUCAAUGAGUAUAAAGCAAUGCCCUAAAUGUUUUGUUCAUUAAUUUUUAUAUAUUGCUUCUGGUACA